AACUUCCUCUCCGUGUGUUCAAAAAGGAAAAAAACUCUUCUCUCCUUUAUCUCUCCCCCGCAACAUCCCAACUAAUGUUGGCGGGUUCUCAAAAUAUUGGCGCUAAAUCUCUCUAGCCCCAACUAAUCUAAUCUGAUCCUAAUCCUAUUAGUUAGUCCUCCCGAUCCUCAAUUUUGCACAACAUCCCGAUGGAAGUCUGCAUGGUCGUUCAUGCCCCUGUAUCUCCGUCUGGCGCCUCUGCUGAACCACAAAAUUCCCCCGUCCACCGCGACUCGUCCCCAAAAUGCUCGGUAGAGAUGCACUUGAUGGAGCAAGCAGAUUCCAAGGUUGAGUUUGCUCACCAUACUACGGAUGAAGAGAGCAAGAAUGUGCAAGGAGACAUCAUGGUUGAGUUUGUUCCAGAUACAAUUAAUCAGGAGGCAGAAAAGCGUCCUGAUGAAGAACGGAGCAGCGAUGUCUCAAUAACCGAUGUCGAUGAAGACUCUAUUGAGUACCUGCGUAGGCAAGUUGUCGAAGACUCCGAGGAAGAAGACAAGCAAGAUGAAGUAUACCAGAAGGUCAGGAAGGAAUUUAAUGAAAGACGUGCUAGUGAUGCUGCUUUGAGGAGGGAAGCAAGAGCCAGGAAUGCAUCUAGGCAUAAGAGUAAUCUGAACAAAAUACGUAGAGACUUUUUGCGAAUUUAUAUUCCUGACUACUACAAGAUCGUGGAAAAAUAAAUAUUGUUUGCUACAGAACAGUAUUAUUGUUAGUUUUUCAGUUUGGCUCAUCGGCAGCAGAAUUCAAGAUUAGUGCCUUUUAUUGGUAACAUCUGUUCUUGUCAUUCAUAUGUCAGGCUAUGAACAAGAGACUGACUUUUAAAUA